CUCUCUCUCCUUCAUCUCACCUCCAACUAGUCAGUGUUCAUCUCUGUCCUGCUCCGUCUCUCUCUUUUUCCCUCUCUGUCUCUCUCUCUCUCGCCCUCUCUCUCUCUCUCUCUCUUUGGUGUGCUCAAGCUCCAGUUCGGUUUGCUGUCUGUCUGUGCAUUGCCGGUCUUGUUCCUCUGCAGACCUGAACCUUCAGCUGUACUCGGGACUCCAGCUCACUCUACAGCGGUUGUAGAAAUGGCGAUGAACAGCAUCCUCAACCCUGAUGACAUUAAGAAAGCCCUGGAUGUAUUUAAAGCUGUCGACUCAUUCGACCACAAGAGGUUUUUUGAGAUGGUUGGACUGAAGGUGAAGUCAGCUGAUGAUGUGAAGAAGGCUUUCCACAUCCUGGAUGCAGACAAUAGCGGCUUUAUAGAGGAAGAGGAACUUAAGUGUGUUUUGAAGCAUUUUGCUACAGACGGGAGAGACCUGACUGAUAAGGAGACCAAAGCAUUCCUGCAGGCUGCGGACAAAGAUGGAGAUGGAAAGAUUGGAGCAGAAGAGUUUGCUGCUCUGGUUCGUGAAUAAGUGACUCAAAUUCUUGGCCUGUUCAUACCUCAUGACCCUUUGACCUCGACCUAAGCGUAACGCUCCUGAAGCACAGACACACACACACACACACUUACACACACCCUCACACGCUUGCACGCCCCAUCCUGAACACCUCCCUACACACAGACACACAAACUGACCUUCAUGCUAUUUAUUUUUCUUUUUAUACAAAAGUGAGUGUUUCUGCUAGUGUAUGGAUCAAGAGACCUCAUGCGGGCAAUAUGUAGAUAUAUUAGAAAAGAAAACAAUGCAUUCUCCAUCGUCCACUAUUCUUCGUCUGUCUUUAUCUUCCUUGAAACCCUCCCAUUGAUCUUUCGUUCCUCUCCUCCACUCCAAACUCUCUCCAUUUCUCCGGUAACAAUCCGUGAAACACACCAAAAGAAGAAAUAGGUCAAGUUGUGAAAGAAAACAAAAUAAAGAGACAAUGCCUCAAGA